AUGGCUGUCAUGCAGGCUGAGAAGAAGGCUUGGGCCGAGAAGGAGGCCGCAUUGGCCGUUCUUUGGGACAGGUCGAAGCUGAGCACUCUGACCCUUGGAUUUAACUAUAUGGACAUCUUAGACUUGUUCCCGGAUGAGUUUGCGAGAGAGUUUGACAUGCUGACGACCUAUAACCUCUUCUGGAUGAUUCAACGAUUGAGUCACAAGUUGCUGAGCCUCAAGGAUUUUCGCGAGAUCCUCCACCGCAAGAUUGCGAAACUCGGCGUUGAUAACAAGCUCCACCCUUAUCGGGUAGUGCUGGGGACAGAGGAGCUAAAGGCCAUCGUCCUUUCUGACGGGGACGGCGGAAUGGCUGGGUCCUCUAAGGCUGGCAAAACGAGAUUUGUUUCUGAGGCCAACGAUCCUACCAAUGGCGAGCAGGAGAUUAGGACUGAGGGCGCGACUAGGACCGACCUGAAUGCUCAUGCAGAAGAUGUAACUCGGAGGCCCUUGUUUGAGCUGCUUCAGAUUUCUAUAAACUGA